CAAGAAGAAGCAGCAGCGGCGAGCUGAAGAGAAAUGUUGAUCUCUGGUAUUAUAUAACGUUAAAUAGUUAUGUUUAGACCCGCGACAUGUAUUACAGUCGUGUGACAUUGCCUCUGAGUCUCCGUUUGUAUUAAUGAGUGUUGUUGAAAGUGACAGAACGAGAGUGAAGCUGGGCGAUAAGCCUCAUAACGCUUAACAAGUUACUCGUCGGUGGAAUUAAAAUAUUCCCGUGGUUGUUUGUUUUACGUCCAUUUUUUUUGUUUUAUUUGUUCAUCACGCUGUAGCCAUCAGGAUCACGGGGACGAGACAUUCAUUGGUCAUCAUUCAGCGCCUCACAAACACAAGCAAAUUGCUGAGAAGCAGCAGUAAGCAGGAGGAAAUUACUCCAGGAGAAACUGACAUACUAUUGAAAAGAUGGAGUUUGAGGAAGAACCCUACAGAAUAAAAGAUGAAGAUACAGAGGUACAAAUAGACCUGAUGGAAGUGAAAGAAGACAAACAGAAAAAAACUCAUCAUUUCAAAAAUGAAGAUGAAAAUGAAGUCAUUUCAAAUACCGGAAAGAAUUUCGCACAAAAACGAGCUGGAAAAACUGGAGUCCAAUCAAACCUUAAGAGAGAACACACUGGAGAAAGACGGUUCUCUUGCACUCAAUGUGGAAAGAGUUUCACUUAUAAAAGAAGCUUAAAUGAUCACAUAAAUAUUCACACUGGAGAAAAACCGUUCACAUGCACUCAGUGUGGAAAGAGUUUCAUAUAUAAAGGAAGCCUUAAUGUGCACAUGAGAAUUCACACUGGAGAAAAACCGUUCACAUGCACUCAGUGUGGAAAGAGUUUCACUCAAAAAAGCGCUCUCAACGAUCAUCUGCGUGCUCACUCUGGAGUGAGAUCGUUCAGCUGUGAUCAGUGUGAUAAAACAUUUGUUUUGGAAACAAGCUUAAGAGCACACCUUAAACUUCAUGCAGAUGUGAGGCCUCACAUUUGUUCUUUUUGUGGAAAGGGUUUUUCACUACUCAAUCCUUUUAAAGUGCAUGAGAGUAUACAUACUGGUGAGAAGACCUCAUGCAUGCGUUGACUGUGGGAAGACCUUUAUUUCACCUGCCACCUUAAAGAGACACCAGAGAAAUCAUACUGGAGACAAACCAUACAAGUGCUCACACUGUGGAAAGUGUUUCGUUCGGUCAGAACACUUGAAAGAUCAUGAGAGAGUUCAUACUGGAGAGAAGCCGCACCAGUGCUCUUUGUGUGGGAAGAGUUUCAUCCAAAUAUCUCAUCUACAGGUUCAUAAGAAAAACCAUUGCCCAAAGAGGUCUAAGUGAGCAAACUUUCAUGUUCAGAUCUAGGGGUGGGCAGUAUACUGGCAGAACAGGGGUUCCCAAACAUGUUCCUGGAGCCCCCCCAACACUGCACAUUUUCCAUGUCCCCUUUGUCUGGCACAUCUUUUUCAGGUCUUGUAGUCCCUACUAAUAAGCUGAUGACUUGAAUAAAGACAUGCAAAAUGUAUGUGGUUGGGAACCACUGCUCGAGAAAUUUGUCAACUGGUAGAGAUUCUGGUCUAUUUUCUUCACAGAUGAUGUAUAUGACUGAAAACAGAUCUUUGGAAAAAUAAUCCAUCUCUGCAUAUAAUACAUAGAACAUCCAAAGUUGAUGCUUCAAAAACUACACAGUGAACACAGCAGUAAUCCAUACAACUUCAGUUGAUGAAUCUAUAGACAAGUUUCCAUCCACUUUUUGCACUGUUUUGUUAUCAACAAAGUGAAAAUAUUGUGAAAUUUGCUGUCUCCAGGCUGUUUCCAUCCAGUUGGCCUUUUAACGAUAAAAUGGUGUGCAUUAUGACAUCAUCACUAAAAGAAAAAGCCUUGUCGCAUAAGUUUUGUUGUAUCGCUAAAAAAAAAAAUCUGCCCUCGAGUCAUUUCCAUACAUAUUUUCUCGUAUGUAGCAAAUUAUAAUUGUAUCUUUUGCAUCCCAAAUAUGCAGAGAGUAAUGAGACACUUGGAAUUCACCAUAUUUUCAUGAAUAAUAAGCCUAUUACUAAAUUAGGAAAUAUUAGGAAAUCAAAAGUCAUGGCAAAGUGGGACCAAAUCUGAAGUGAUCCCAAUCUGACCUAGGAAAGCUGCCCGAAUCAUAAUCACGCACUGUUCACUGUUGGCCAGAGGCAAAGGUUUUUUUCUCCAUUUUAACACCUGUUUGCCACCUGAUGUCACCUGUUGGAAGUUUGGAUUCCUUGCCGCUGUCGCCUUUGGCUUGCUUAGUUGGGGACACUUGAUAUUCAACAGUGUUUUGAUCUGCCUUCAUCGACACCCAUGUAUGUGAACUGAACUGAGCUGGAUGAUGACAUCACUGUUUCUCCAGUGCUGAAAUACAAUAACUAUUGAUUCUUACAACGGAAUGAAUCAAUACUGAAUUUACUUAAGGUGGACAAUGACACCAUUUACUUUAAGAGCUGCUGUGCAGCCAAAAUUAUAUACCAGUUAUCACCGUAAAGCUGCGUUGACACAAUCUGCAUUAUAAAAAGCACUAUAUAAAUAAAGGUGACUUGACUUGACUUGCAUGUAGGCUAACUGCCUUUAUGUGACGAAGCCCAUGGGUUUGGACACAGGGCAGCUCAUUUGUCCUGUAUGCAAAAUUUUAGAGUCCAUAUAAAAGAUUGGUAGCAUGUUCGGUUAUGAUGCAGAUGCAGCUUUUAUUUGUGUAGGCCUAUAUUUACCUUUUUUAAAAGUCUAUAGCUUAACUGAUAUCGCCUUAACAAUUAUAAAAUUUGUUUAGAGCUUUCUGGAUUCAAUGCACUUUAUUUUCCUAAAUUUUUAAAGUAAAAUUAGCCUAUAUUACAGAUUAAUAAAUUGUAUUUAUAAAAUAAUUUUAUUAAUGUGUCAUGUUUGUGAUUUUCAUUUGUCAAGUUGCCUCUGACCAUGAAAUCUUGAUUUUAUGACAUCAAUUUUAAGUACAGAAGUAACAUGUUGUGUAUUUGACCUUUUUUGUCAGCAUUGGACACUCUUCCUUUAUUUGACAGAUGCCCUGUUUUUGUUACAGCUGCAGAAAUUAAGAUGCUAUAUUUUCCUCAUACAUUUGAAACAGAACUUAUGUAUUAUUAAAUUGUACAUAAAAUUAUUUUUAUUA